AUGAAAUUAUUACUAACUAUAAUACUAUGUAUAUUAUUAUUUAAAUAUCAAGUUGUUGAUGCUAUAAGCUGUCUUGUCAUUCGUCCUGGAUACGGUUUGGUACCAGAGAAAUGCUCACAAACAGCUGUUGGUUGUCGUAUUCGUGUAAGCGGUGACCAUAUUGAAUGGUAUGAGUGGGCCAAGUUGUACGAUAGAAAUCAACUUGUAUGUGUCUAUCCUGGAGAAUAUGACACUGUAACUGGUUGCCAACGCAAACCUUCGGGAAGUGUUAGAUGCUGGUGUGGAGCUAAAGAUAACUGUAAUGAAGCCGAAACAAGUAAGAACUUGUAUGAAGCUUUCACUACUAGUGAUAAGAAGCGAAUGGCUUCCAUCGUUAAAGAUUUGGAAGACAAUGCAUCUCCAGCUGAAGACCCAACCACAACAACCACAACUAGAAAAGUUGUGAAACCUACUUCAUCUUCGAAGCUUCAUAGAGUCACUAUGCGCAACAAAGUUCAUCAUCGUCCACCUACUACUACAGCAACAGAGCCGCAAACAACAACUCGAGCGAAGUAUCAUGAGCUUCCACGCAAACCAACACGUCUACCAGUCGAUGAGAUGUAUGAUGAUGAUGAAGAAGAUGACGCAAAUGAGGAAGAUGAUGAUCGUAUCCUAACCAACGAAGAGCCUCGACCUUUGCCCACUGAAAGUGCGUUUGGUUUCGAUGAUACCUUCGAAGAGACUCGUAAAAAACUGGAGAAAGAAAUGAAGGAAGAAGAUGAGCGAUUGAAAGAGCUUCUACAGGAUGAAGAACGCGAACUUGAAGAUGAGGAUGAAGUACCAACUAGACAAGCUAAAUCAUUUAGUUUGAAUGCAAAAAAAAGCCGUUUGAGUGCUAGUGAAAGACGUGAUCGUGGACGCGGUUCCGAGGAGCGAAGAAAUCAAGAUGAAGAAGAACGGUUGGCAGAAAUUGAGAGAGAAGAAGCCGCAGAAAAAAUGAAGAAACUAAUUGAACACUCACGUCAGCGUGAACAAGAACGUCAAGAAGAUGACGAUGAUGAUGAUUCAGACGAAGAAGAAGAAGAAGAUAUUAAGACUGCGGAAGAAGAAGCUGAAGCAGCUGGUUUUGGAUUUACCAAGACAGCAUCAUCAUAUGCAUCAUGGUGCUCAUUACUGAUAUCCAUGAUAGUUGCACGUCAAGUGUUAAGCUCAAACGUCAUCUGA